AUGCACCACGAGCUCUUCUUGGCGCUUCUCGGGCACACCGGCGAUGUCGUGGAGCGUCGUGUCGACGGUUUCUUCGUACGACCUGACGCACGAUCGUUUCUAUCGCAAGCGCAAUGCAGUAUCCUGAACCAGCUGCUGCAACUUGGGUAUUCGUUUUCGAACUUAAGCGAAUUCAUCCGCGACGCUCCACCGCAUCCAAGCGUGUACCUCCACGCUGUCGCUCACGCGCUGGAGCAGGUGCUGUACCGGUAUACCGAGGCAGUUGUUGCCCUGGAAGCCAAGACAUUGCAAGCGAACGCGGUGGGUCCCAUGACGAGCGUUCUGGUGGACCUCGACGAGUUUGUUGAAGUGCUGCCACAAGUAGAUCGACUCGUGCAGCGACUGCAACGGCCGCAGCCUCAAGUGGACUCGACGCAUCGCGCGACAUGUGUGAAAGGCGCAGAGCUCUUGAGUCUCGUGCACCGGAGCUCGAGGUCGGGGUUCCCACGAGUGCAGACGGUCAUGCAAGAGCUACUGCAUUGCUGCCAUCGAGUGUUGCUUAAGCAAAUGAUGACGUGGAUGGUGCAUGGCGAGAUUGUGGAUCCGUAUGGAGAAUUUUUCAUCAAGAGGAAACACGUGAAUGCAGUAGCGACGGAGGAAACGACGGUGUCGUGUGACACACGCGACAACAAGGCGACGGCUGCAUUGUGGCAUCAACAGUUUACGGUCGACUUGGAGGAUGUGCCGCUAGAUUACUUUCCCGCGUCUGUAGCAGAGAGUGUGUUUGCGAUCGGCAAGGCCGUGCAGGUCUUGACGCAAGCAAAUCAGUUUUCUCCUCGCGAGGUGCAGGACAUCGUCGUGUUCAUGUCGGAGCUAGCACGGCGUCCUACUUUUGACGUGGUGGCAGUCGAGCACGAGGUGGAGAAAGUGCGCCGUCAUGUUGCCGGUAGACUGCACGAAGAGGUGGUGGUCAAAUCAGAUUUUGUCGGGUAUCUGCACGCGCUGAAAGGAUUCUUUCUCUUGUCCCGCGGAGAGCUAUUCCACACUUUCAUUGAGCGUAGUUUCGACAUGAUGCUCGUCAAGCCGACGAUCAAGUCGGAAGAGGAUGUCAAUCAUGGCGUCUGGCGAGAAGUUGUGCGGGACUUGAUACCACAAGACGAAGCCUGGAGUCGAGAUUUCGAUAUGCAGCUUCCACUCCAAACGUUCACACUAGCAGAUUUCUCGUCAAGUGAUGGCCUCGUGCGCUUCAAUGUGUCACAAGGACCACACGCCAAAUUCUUGGCAAAGAACUUGCCCACAGAACCGACUCAAGAGAUACCUGACAACGAGGAAAGUAGCACUGUUUGGUGGCGUCACGCACAGGUGAAUGACGACUCAUUUGUGUCCGAGUUUGCGUUGCAAUGGGAGCCCAGUGCGUUUUGGUGUGGAAGCCAUCGUGCAGCUCUUUUGCUCCGAAAUGAAGGCCUGUUGGGCUCGGCUGCAUUAGUCAACGGAUCAUUCGAGCUCGGCGAUCCACACGCAUUGUACGUGAGCGUUGACCUUGCGAUCGAACACCUGCCAGGCAACACGAACGCAAUGCGUGUGAUGGCUCAAGUAAAGCCCUCGCGCGCACAAGAUAGUGGCGUCUCGUCUUCGCCUGUUGUGGAAAUCCCCAUGGACGAUAGCGUCGCUCCAGCAGUCCGCGUCUGUGUUCAAUAUGCCCGUCGAGAAAUUACAAAUGCAUCGUCGGCGCAAGUCCUGUACAAGAAGACGAUGGCUGUGCACGUGAAUGACGUGCUGGUUCUCGAGACACACGUUGAUCUUCAAGGAGUACUGAGGUUACAUGCCACUGCCGGCGGUUACUUCGUCGGACUAGCUUUCUCGUCACUCGUACAGCUUGCGAGCUGGAGCUUGGAUAAGUUCUCGGCCAAAACAAGUCGGCGGGAAGGCAGUGGCAUCGAUCGGACCGGCAGCAGUACGGCAGCAUCGCCGCGUGAGUUGUGGCGUGCACUCAAUCUGCGCUGCGCUGUACAAUGGCCACUGCAACUGCUCGUGACACCCGAUCUGCUGCGCUCAUAUGGGCACCUCUUUCGCUUCUGUUUUCAGCUGAAGCGUGUAGCGCAUGCUCUCGAGCGAGCAUGGAAGAGUAGCACGUUGCGGUCGAAGCACACUGCCGUCAAUGGCGUGAUGUUUGCUGCCGGUGCCCUACGUAUCCGCAUGAGCUUCGUCGUGCGCACGCUUGAGCUCUAUUUCCAGGUAUUCGUGAUCGAAAGUAAGUUCCACAAGUGUGUCGCGCAGAUCGAAGCUGCCAAGGACUUUGACCGCGCAAAACGCGUGCACGAGGCGUUCGUCGCAAGCAUCGUCAAGAGCUGCUAUGUGCAUACAAAGACCGUCGCGUCGGCGCUCAGUGACUUGCUCGGCUGCUGCUGGCAGUUUGUCGACUACGUGCUGAUGCUGCAGAAGCAGCAGAGUGUCAAUGCGAACGGCGUCGCAGCGCUCUCGGUCGAUCGCAUCGCGAUGCUCGACCACGACUUUCACCGCCGCUUUGAGUUUCUCUACAGCGUGUUGCAAGCAUCAGAAGCGCGCGACUUGCUCUUCCUGCUCGACAGCAAUGGAUUCUUUGCCACCGAACGAGAGCGAAAGAAGCAGCAGUUGCAACGGUAG